UGGAGAGUCGUAGGAAUUGUCCGGUAAAUAUUCCAGAAAUUUUCCGUGCAGUGAUUUGAUGUGAAAAAUUGAGAGUUUUUCCAACAAAAUUGAAUCCCGAAAUGGCUAGAAUACGCUUACUGAGAUCCUGGCAGGACUUUGCCGCCACAAUAUUCCUUGCAGCUGCAAUUCCCAUCACAUUCUGGUUUGAAAUUUUUGUGGUUCUCCCAGAAGUUUUUCCAUGGGGAAGUUUUCUCAAUACCUUCCACUUCCUGGCCGGUCUAUUCCUGCUGUACAACAUCCUCGGAAAUUGGAUAGCAGUCAUGCUGACUGAUACGAGUCUCCGGCGGGAAAUUAUACAGCCACCGACGGAUUUGCAGGCAGUUAGAGAUCAGAACUGGAAGCUAUGCUCAGUCUGUGAAUGCUGGGCACCACCCAGGAGCUGGCACUGCAAAACCUGCAAUGUCUGCAUUCUCAAGAGAGAUCAUCACUGCCUGCUGACUAGUUGCUGUAUUGGUCACAGGAAUCACCGGUAUUUUAUGAUGCUUCUGGUUCAUUUAUUUGUGGCCACAGCCUACUCCGCCUUCUACAAUACCUACUUCAUUUGGUUUCUGCACGGUCCAGAGUUCAACACCUGGCUAUCCUUCGUGCAAAUCAUAUUUCCUCUAGCCUGGCUCCUCGUGGAUACUUCCACUACUCAGUACUACCUCGUAAUUUACGUUAUUGGACUUCUUGGAGCACUCUUUGUGGGAGUCCUGCUCUUCUAUCACACCCGGAUUAUUCUCCAAGGAGCCAUUGUGGCUGAACAUGAGAAAAAGAUCCGCACCUAUGAUUACGGGAGGCAGAGAAAUAUAGAAAAUGUCCUGGGAGAGAGAUAUCAACUCGUUUGGUUGUCUCCUUCGAUCAAGAGCCCCCUGAAACAUGACGGAGUCCACUGGGAAGUUGUCCAGACGGCCAAGGACAAGUGAUGAGCUUCGACUCCUUUUUCAGUAUUUGUGUAAUUUCUAGUUCAAUUUUUAAUGUCAGGGACGAUAUUUGUAAGAUCUCACAUGAAUAAAAAGUGUAUUAAAAGAAAA